AAGAUGAGAAGUUGAUGUGGCUUUGAAAUUCACGUAUAAAAAAUAAGAGGUGUGUGAAAUGAAGAACAACCAUACCAUAUAGCUAGCUUUACAAUUAUUUAAGAGUUCUAGAUUUAUAAAUAACAUAAUAUUAAAUUUAAUAUGAAAAAGACCUGUCAAUUUUAGCUGUAAGUUGGUAUGAAAAAGCUUUGAAAUGAAAAAACGAAAAUAGAAAGAAAACCCAACAAACAUAGAAAGAAAAUCCAACAAUAAGCUUUUUUGACUUAAAGCAUGGGUGCUAAACUGGUGAUAAAAUAUAUAAAGGAAGAGGUGUGUGACAGUUCAACCCAGGAGAAAUGGGAGCGUUUUACUUUUAUUUCUCAUUAACAUUCUUAGCCAUUUCUGCCAUCACUAAUUACUUCCUCCGCAAAUUUCAAAACCUCCCACCAACGCCAUGGCUUCCUCCCCUACCCAUAAUCGGCCACCUCUACCUUCUAAAACGACCGCUCCACAAAUCCCUCGCUAAAAUCUCAGCAAGAUACGGCCCAGUCCAACUCCUGCAAAUUGGCUCACGUCGGGUGCUCGUCGUGUCCUCUCCCUCCGCCGCCGAAGAAUGUCUCACCAAGAACGAUAUCAUAUUCGCCAACCGCCCUCGGCAGCUUCUCGCAGGGAAGUACCUUGGCUACAACUACGACAGCCUCGUCUAUGCACCCUAUGGUGACCACUGGCGGAACCUCCGCCGUGUCACCACCCUAGAAAUCCUUUCAUCUCAUCGGCUUCGUGAGUUUGAACCCAUACGUGCUGAUGAAGUACGCCUCAUGAUACGAAAACUCUAUCGUUCUUGGUCUGGGGAGGCGGUUGAAGUGCAAGUCAACGCUAUGUUGGUUGACCUGACGCUCAACGCUGUCAUGAGGAUGGUUUCUGGUAAAAGGUAUUACUAUGGGAAAGAUGACAUAUUGACGGAUGAGGAGAAGGAGAAGGCACAUCGGUUUCAGGAGAUAGUGGAGGAGGUUUUUUGUGCGAUGAGUGUUUCACAUAUAGGAGAUUACUUGCCCAUAUUGAGGUGGUUAGGAGUAAGCAAACUGGAAAAGCAAUUGAUAGCUUUGCAAGCAAAGCGAGACUUGUUCAUGAAGGAGCUUGUUGAGGAGAUAAGAUGUAGCAUGAAGAAUAGUGGCAAGAGGAAUAUGAUUCAAGUGUUGCUAUCUUUGCAACAAACGGAACCAGAGUGCUACACCGAUGAAAUGAUUCGUAGCAUCAUGCUGACGAUACUAGCAGGAGGUACUCAUACAUCCAUAUGCACAUUGGAGUGGGCAAUGUCUCUUUUAGUGAACAAUCCAAGUGUUCUAAAGAAGGCACAUAAUGAGAUCGACAGUCAUGUCGGACAUGAUCGUUGUGUUGAGGAAUCAGACAUGGUUAACCUACCGUAUCUUGCAUGUAUAAUAAAGGAGACUUUGCGGAUGUACCCAGCUGGACCUCUGCUUCCUCAUGAGUCAUCAAAGGAUUGCAUGGUUAGCGGCUAUCAUGUCCCUCGUGGAACAAUGUUAUUAGUAAAUGCAUGGGGAAUACAGAAUGACCCAAACAUUUGGGGAGAUCCUGAAACAUUUAGGCCAGAGAGGUUUGAAGGGGUAGAAGUCUAUGGAGAUGGUUUCAAGUUAUUGCCAUUUGGAUUUGGAAGGAGAAGUUGUCCGGGAGAAAACAUGGCAAUGCGAAUGGUUGGAUUGGCAUUGGGGUCUCUUAUCCAGUGCUUCGAAUGGGGAAGAACAAGUAAGGCCAAGGUUGACAUGAAUGGAGGAACUGGAAUAGCUUUGGCAAAGACUAUACAUUUGGUUGCAAUGUGCCAACCACGUCCUAUAAUGUUGAAUCUACUAUCGCAGUUAUGAUUAUAUACCUUCUUAUCCGUGCGAUUGGGCCUAAUGAUUGAACAGUGAAAUUACACACAGGAUGUGAACCCUGGCACACAAAAAAUAUCAUUACUGUUUUUAUGA